GGCGCUUCUUCAGUGGGAGAGACUUCGCCGGAACUAAAAUGCCCGGUUUCGCAGAUCGCAAGCCCUGCGACGGCAGGGUUUGAGUGUCGCACUUGAUCGGCUUCCUCUGCUCGGCUUCCCCUCGGUGGGGAGGUUCGGGCCGAACGUCUAGCGGGCGCUGUUGGCAGGUCACAGCGACCUAACUGGGACUGCCUCUCGAUCCCUUCUUACUGGUUGCGGAAAAACCACUGGCCGACCGGAUCCUGUUUCCCAAUUCUGAGGAUCUAGGGCCGCGCGGCUUGUUGGACUCUGACUCUUGGAGCUCAAGGGCGAAGCCGCUGAGGCUGGACAGCUUGGGAAGGGAAAUUCAGGAAAAAGAAAUAGCUUUUUUAAAAGAACCGUUACAUGGAUAGUCAUUGUAAAAAGACAAAAAAAACUACCUGACUUUAGCGGGGUAUGCGCGAAGAGGAAAAAUCGCCCUUGCAGCCUACGGUCCGGGGAUUUCCAGAAAAGUUGUGAAGAUUGCUAUAUAUGCUACACCCAGCUUCCCCGUUUAUUAACAUCAUCCUCUAAAGAGAAUAGAUCACUACACUUAUGGCAGGGAUUUUGUGCAAAGUAGUUCAGAGGCCCUUAGGCAGACUACAGACUGUGACAAAAGGUGCAGAAUCUCUGAUUUGUACAGACUGGAUUCGUCACAAAUUUACCAAGUCAAGAAUUCCAGAUAAAGUGUUCCAGCCUUCACCUGAAGACCAUGAAAAGUACGGUGGGGAUCCACAGAGCCCUCAUAAACUACAUAUUGUUACCAGAAUAAAAAGUACAAGAAGACGUCCAUAUUGGGAAAAAGAUACAAUAAAGAUGCUUGGAUUACAAAAAGCACAUACCCCUCAAGUUCACAAGAAUAUCCCUUCAGUGAAUGCAAAACUGAAAGUGGUUAAACAUUUGAUAAGAAUCAAGCCACUGAAGUUGCCACAAGGACUUCCAACAGAAGAAGACAUGUCUAACACAUGCCUCAAGAGCACUGGGGAAUUAGUAGUGCAGUGGCAUCUGAAACCUGUUGAGCAGGAAACAGUUAAGUCCUAAUGCCAGAGUAGCUUCAGAUUUAAAAAUGCAAGUCAUUUUUAUCUAAAAUGAUGAGAAUGUUUUCAUUAAAAUGUAUUUAAAAUACCA